AUGGAGUUGAAGCGUCUGUCCUUUUUAUCCCCUCGGUGGGUCAUUCUGCUUCUUCUCCUACAGUCCUGGCUUGCGUCGGCGAUCAAACUCGACCUGGAAAGCGAUGACUCGAUAAAACUUGCUGCAAAGACAGCUGCGAAGGCCAUGAUGAAAUACUACACCGGUCACCAGCCAGGAGGUGUACCAGGAAACCUACCAGACCCCUACUUCUGGUGGGAAGCAGGAGCUAUGUUCGGUGGCUUGAUAGAUUACUGGUUCUAUACGGGAGACAGCCAGUUCAACGACAUUGUCACUCAAGGAAUGCUCUGGCAAGCUGGCCCAGACUCCAACUUCAUGCCUCCUAACCAAACCUUGACGGAAGGGAACGACGAUCAGGCAUUCUGGGCGAUUGCAGCCAUGUCGGCCGCGGAACGAAAAUUUCCUAACCCCCCAUCAGAUAAGCCGCAGUGGCUUUCUCUAGUUGAAGCUGUUUUCAACUCUCAGAUACCUCGCUGGGAUACCGCAACUUGCGGUGGAGGCUUGAAGUGGCAGAUCUUUCGGUUUAACAGAGGGUUUAACUAUAAAAACACGAUAUCAAACGGAGCCUUCUUCCAAAUGGGCGCUCGACUAGCCAGGUAUACCGGCAAUGAGACAUAUGCGAAGUGGGCAGAGAUGACAUGGGAUUGGUCCAGGGCAAUAGGACUCAUAAACGAGAACUAUCAGUUCUUCGAUGGCUCAAGUGACACAUUGAACUGUACAGAGCUCAACAGACUCCAGUGGACUUACAAUGCCGGGGUAUACCUCCUCGGAGCAGCUGCCAUGUAUAACUAUACCGACGGUAGUCCCAAAUGGGCAGAACGAGUUCAAGGGAUUUUAGAUGGCCUGCGCCCAUUCUUUCACCCCGAGACUCAUAUCAUGUCUGAGAUUUCGUGUGAGGAACAGGGCAAUUGCGAGACAGAUCAGAGAUCAUUUAAGGCUUAUCUUUCCCGCUGGAUGGCAGCUAGUACACAGUUUGCCCCCUUUUCAACCGACUUUAUCAUGCGGAGACUGCGCGCUUGCGCCAGAGGAGCAGCAAAGGCAUGUACUGGAGGCGAAGAGGGAACCAUAUGUGGCCUUAAAUGGACCACUGGGAACUUUGACGGUAGUUCUGGUGUUGGAGAGCAAAUGGCUGCGAUGGAAGUCUUUCAAUCUAAUCUCAUCCGCAAGGUCAUACCUCCUGUCACGCAAUCUUCUGGUGGAAUAAGCCUGGGUGGUCCCGGAGGUUCUGGUAAAGGGAAAGAUAAUGGGCCUAAGAUACUUAGGCCUAUCACCGGCGCCGAUACAGCUGGAGCAGCUAUUCUCACGCUAUUAAUGCUCUGUACUCUAAGCGGCGUUUCAUACUGGAUGUCUGUUUAA